CAGAUGACGGGCGUUCCUCUGAACGUCUCCAUCCGCCUGCAGCUCAACCUCUUCAUGAAGACGGUGUCAGGAAUCACAGAAACUGGCAAGAUCGCUGACGUGGUGAUGCCCAUGAUCUGGUUUGAGGAGAGUGGGUACAUCGACGGCCCGAUCCUCUCCACCUUCCACACCAACCUGGUGGUCCUCCCUGCGGUGAUGGAGUUCAUGCAGUACGGCUUCAUCGCGCUCGGCGUCGCCACCAUCAUCAUCGCCUCGCUGAUGCACCACAAGUUCAAGAGGGCUCGUACAAAUGUGAAAAUGACUUCCGAAGGACUGGACAACCCCGGGGCGUCCUAUAAAGAGUGGGCUAAAGGUGACCAAGACAAAAAGGAGAAAUGUGACAUAAAUAAUGCAGGUGGGUGA